AUGGUAUGAUUGCUUUUUUCUUUCGAAUGAGGGUUAUCUGGAAAAUAAUAUUGGGGAGGCUUCUCUAGAAGACUGAAGUGGAGGUCGAAGUGGGCCAAACCAUCCAGUCGUUUGUCUCUCGGCUCGCAAAUGGCGUGCUGACUUAACGGUGCAAAGUCAAACAUCUCUUCGAGCGGGUCCACGUCCUUUGCCGAGGCAAAGGACGACGGUGUCGCCGCCGCUUCUUGCGCUUGCGCCAGCGAGGAAGGGGGAGCAGCGGUGGAGGAAGGAAGCGUGAGGUCAUAAUCGCAAUUCCUGUGCUCCCUUUUGCAUGUCCUCGUAGUCAUCUUCUUGGCUCAGGCUGAGGUAUUGGUGUUUUGGGGUGAAAAUGUCUUCGCACAGCGUCGCGUCGCUUGGUGCUAUCGAUCGCGGCGAGCUGCAGAGCGAGGGCGGGAGCGAUGCGGAUGAAGAGUGCGAAGAAGAUGGAGAUUCUGCUGCUGCUUCGGCCUCCCAGGUGCUCUUGCUUGAGCUGGGCUCUCCCAGAUCGAGGCCCAGGCUCGAAGAGGACGGUGCCGGCUGCUUGUCGACGACCUUGCGCUGGCGUCGCGAAGUCGACCUUUUUGCUCCCGGCCACAUCUCCCACGUCUUGAUCGCGAGCGGGUUCAUUAUGGGGAAGUGCUCCUCGUCUUCGGACCGUUGCGCGUCGACGUGCCGAAGCAUGUCAGCCUCAAAGGCGAUUGAAGUUCAGUCGAUGGGGAAAGCCAAGAUGGCGUCGAGGCUGACCUCGCCCCGGAUGACAGAGGCGAGCAGUGCUUGCGACCGUUGUCGUGCAAUGUUCUGUUGGUUAGCCGUCGUUCGGAGAACACCUGAUCACGGUGAGCAGGGCCAGAGCUGGUGCUGGCGCUACUGUUUGCAAACUCCCAGUUCAUGCUGGUUCUGCUGGAAGACGACGACGAAGAAGUAAAUGAUGGUGAGGAGAUGGCGUAGCUCUGCGAGGUGCUCCGGCGCACUGCAGGGAGCAAGAAGCUAGAGGACGGCGCUUGUGCGGUGCAGGCGC